AUGAAAACCUGGGGAAGAGGAAGAGAAAAAAAAACUCUUUCCUCAGAUGAGGAAUCAUCUACUGAACAAUCAAAGUUAUCUUCACCACCUAGUUAUAAAAGACAACCCAUAGAAAGGGGCACAACAACAAAAGACAUAAAUGUUAUUUUACCUUCUCCAUCGAUGAACACUGCACAGGCAUCAGAACAGAGCCAGAAUGUAGAGACAUCAAAACUAUCAACAGAGUGCAAUCAUUCCUGUAAAAAAUGCUGUGGAAUGAAGGAUGAGAGAACUCUUAUACAAUCAAUUUUAACGCAGACAAAUGUGGUUAAGUACAUAGUAAGCGAUGUUCUGCAGAAAAUAAAACAAAUUAAUAAAAUUUCUGAUGUUCCGCCUGAACAGCCAUCACAAACUCUAGCCACAAGAAUAAAAGAUGUCGUAAAGCUUCCAUUAGAUGACACUGAAAACUUAGAAAAAUUCAAUGAAGCGUUAGACGAAAUAACAUUAUACAAUAUUGCUGUGAAUGAUCUUGCCAAGUUAGGUGGAAGAGGCAUAGAUGAUUUUAUUAAAAGAGCAUGUCUCACAUUACUAACACACAAAGUUGGAGCUGAAUAUAGCUAUUAUGGCAAAAAAGGAAAAAAGAAAUUUUUAAAGCUAAAUGUAGGUAAAGUUUUAAUAGAACCAGUGAUCAUUUCCACCAUUUUCAAGUGGUUUCAUUAUUUACAAAUGCAGCCGAGAAAGCAAAAGUUGCCGGUUCAACAAAAGAAACGGAAGUUGUAUUAA